CAGCAGCAGCAGCAACACCAUCAACAGCAGCACAGUCCGGUGGAUAUUUAUGCCGCCGCUGCGGCCGCCGCACAUCACAAUCACCAACAGCAACAACAACACCAGCAGCAGCAGCAACAGCAUCACAACCACCAUCAACAACUACAACUGCAACAACACCUCAAAUCUUCAGCAGCGGCGGCCGCCGCGGCCGCAGCCGCUGCCGAAUUCGCCGCGUCCAACCAUCCGUUUUCAAUUACGCGACUGUUGCCGCCACCACCGACGGCUUCGGUCGCUGCAGCUGCGUCAGCGUCCGACAAACCGUCGUCAGCUGCAUCCGUGGCCGCGGCCACCGCGUCGUCCGCGACUGCCGCCUCCGCCGCCGAGAAAAUGUACGAAAUGGCAGCGGCUUCGCAGUACGGUACUACAGCUGGGUAUAACGAUUACUAUCACCCACACGCACACCCACACCAUCCUCACCACCACGGGCACCCACAUCCACACCACCAGCAGGCGUCGCUGUAUCACGCGGCCGCGGCCGCUGCAGCAGCUGCAGCCGCAGCAGCAGCUUCCGGCGGACCGCAAUCGUCCGGGUCGUCAGUAUCUGCUGCAGCCGCCGCCGCCGGAUCGUCGUCACCGUUGUGACAUCACCAUCACCAUCAGCAGCUCCAGCAGCACCACCAGCACCAAUAUCCGCCGCUCGUUUGAAAACGGCGUGAUCGUUCGUGGGCCUGUGGCAACAACGGCGGCAGCAGCAAUAGUAAUUAAUGCAGCCACGUUUAAUUUUUCUUCAAUUAUUUCCAAGUGUCUGUCGCGCACGCAUGCGCGACCGCGGUAUGCAUCCAAUGUGUAAUUUUUAUUUUGUUUUUUAUCUAGUAAUCUCUCGAGUACCUUCUGCCUAUAAACUAUUAUAUAUAUUAUACUCAUAUGUGUUUGAUACCGUCAUGUUUCGUUUUUAGAUUUAUUAUUAUUAUUAUUAUUAUUAUCAUUAUUAUUAUUAUUAUUAUUAU